AUGAGUUUUCACUCAUCUCUGCACCAUCAGCCCGCAUGGUUCGGUUCGCAACUGAGCCACCUGUCGCCGGGUCUGGAGCAGCUUUUGACCCCACAGCCUCAAGCUCCCAGUCUAGACUCCGACCUGUCGCUGCAUACGACCCCUGCACGUCCGGCGAAAGUCCCCGCGGGUGAUCAUCCAUACUAUUUUGUCGAAGCCCACACCACCGCUUUGAUCAACAACAAGCGGUUUAUCAGUCACCUCCUUAGGCUGCAUUCAGUGCUACGCAUGAUCGGGGAAGCAGCAGCUUCUCACUUGCGUGUUUUACACGACUUCCGUCACACCAUCGAUCGCUUGGGGCAUACCGGCCUGAUCAUCUUGCCGGCCAAUUGA